UGCCAGCGCCACUCUGUCAGGCUGCGGGCCAUCUUCCGAGCUACGCCGUCCGCCAACCUCUUACCCGCGACCGGCCGCCCGCCGCGGGUUCAGGGCGGACCAUGCGCCCGCCUAGACCGCCGCCCGCCCGCUGGCUCUGCGUGUUGGCAGGAGCCCUCGCCUGCGCCCUCGGCCCCGCGGGCGGCCGGGCAGCCAGAUUGCAGCAGGAAUGUGAUUAUCUGCAGAUGAUCGAGGUGCAGCACAGGGAGUGCCUGGAGGAGGCCCAGCUGGAGAAUGAGACAGCAGGCUGCAGCAAGAUGUGGGACAACCUUACCUGCUGGCCGGCUACCCCUCGCGGCCAGGUGGUCGUCUUGGCCUGCCCCCUCAUCUUCAAGCUCUUCUCCCCCAUUCAAGGCCGAAACGUGAGCCGCAGCUGCACAGAUGAGGGCUGGACGCAGCUGGAGCCUGGCCCCUACCCUAUUGCCUGUGGCUUGGAUGACAAGGCAUCAAGUUUGGAUGAGCAGCAGCAGACAAUGUUCUACCACUCCGUGAAGACUGGCUACACUAUCGGCUACAGCCUGUCCCUUGCCACGCUUCUGAUCGCCACCGCAAUCUUGAGCCUGUUCAGGAAGCUCCACUGCACGCGGAACUACAUCCACACGCAUCUCUUCGUAUCCUUCAUCCUGAGGGCUGCUGCCGUCUUCAUCAAAGACUUGGCCCUCUUCGACAGCGGAGACUCAGACCACUGUUCUGAGGGCUCGGUGGGCUGUAAGGCAGCCGUGGUCUUUUUCCAGUACUGUGUCAUGGCCAACUUCUUCUGGCUGCUGGUGGAGGGCCUCUACCUGCAUACCCUGCUUGCCGUCUCCUUCUUCUCCGAGCGGAAGUACUUCUGGGGGUACAUACUCAUCGGCUGGGGGGUGCCCAGCACAUUCACCAUGGUGUGGACCAUCAUCAGGAUCCAGUUUGAGGAUUAUGGGUGCUGGGACACCAUCAACUCCUCAUUGUGGUGGAUCAUAAAGGCCCCCAUCCUCACCUCCAUUUUGGUGAACUUCAUCCUGUUUAUUUGCAUCAUCCGAAUCCUGGUUCAGAAACUGCGACCCCCCGAUAUCGGGAAGAAUGACAGCAGUCCAUACUCGAGGCUGGCCAAGUCCACGCUCCUGCUGAUCCCCCUGUUUGGAGUGCACUACAUCAUGUUCGCCUUCUUCCCAGACAACUUUAAGGCUGAAGUGAAAAUGGUCUUUGAGCUCGUCGUGGGAUCUUUCCAGGGUUUUGUGGUGGCCAUCCUCUACUGCUUUCUCAAUGGAGAGGUGCAGGCUGAGCUGCGGCGGAAGUGGCGACGCUGGCACCUGCAGGGCGUUCUGGGAUGGAACCCCAAACACCAGAACCCGUGGGGAGGCAGCAGCGGAGCCACGUGCAGCACGCAAGUCUCUAUGCUGACCCGCGUCAGCCCCAGCGCGCGCCGCUCCUCCAGCUUCCAGGCCGAAGUCUCCCUGGUCUGAUCAUCCCCAGGCCCGGGGAACCAAGGCGGCCCCUUCAGCCUCUUCAUACCCACCCUGGCCGGCACCGGGACAGAGGCCUGCCCGAACGUGGGCAGCCACAGGCUGAGGCUGGAAGGCUGCCCUGGAGCCCUGUUCAAACACUCCUGGAGAACUUUUGCACCUCUGCAAGCACUUCUACGUGGGCUGGAGAGCUGGGAGCUCCUCCCCUGGAGGAUGCGAUGGAAAUAUCAUCAGACUCCUUCCUCCUCCAAAGGGUCCCCUGCCGAUCAAAGGCAAGAAAUCUGCAUACGCCCCUCCCGAUUGCUCCCGUGGUCUUUUCUGACGAAUCCAAUCAGAGCAAAGAAACUACCCAUCCUCAAAGUUUUUGACAUCCGAGGGCGAAGAGGUUUUGUCCCUACAGAUCACCCGCCACCACAACCCUUAUGAUGCCUGAAAUUCCACCACUGCAGUCAAAUUCCUUUAAGUUAAGCAUUGCCAUUCAGGCAUCUUCCUCCCCUGUGCCCUCUUACCUGCCAUCUCUCCAGGUGAGUGAGUUUCUCUACCUCGGGCAGAUAAGAUUGUGGUUUGGAGUUUGUGUUUGGGGAGCACAGCUAUCUUUGUGAGACCCACUGAAGUGGAGUGGGUUCCAGCAUCUAUCAGGUUGGACAAUGCAACCCAAGGACUGAGGAACUCUGGGGCCUUGGGAAGGAAGGAGACUGCAUCAGCAAAUGCUGAGACCUAACACUAAGCCCACCUGCUCUACCAAGCUUCCGUGGCUUCAUCUAUAAAGUAGGAUCAGUCACACCAGCCUUACGCACAACCAAAGCAUUCAAGAUCUUUUCUCCUUGGCUGCUCACCUAUGUGCCAACUAUUGAACUAGGCUCAGAGAUGUGCACUCAUGGGCCCCUUAAUCCUCACAUCAACCCAGCCAGGCAGGAAUUAAUCUCCCAAUUUCACAGAUGGGAGACUCUCUCUCUCAGAGAGAGCAGGUAUCUCACCCUGUCUUAUAGACAGGAAUUGAACUCAGAUCUGGCUGAUGGGGAAGUGAAAACAUAAGACUCUUACUUUACUACCUUUUUAUGUAUUGUAACCAGCUAAAUCUUCUUGGCUUUUUGUAUUACCACUGAUAUUGUUAUUGCCAUUACUCCUGAAUCCCCAUCACUACCCCAACCUUCAUGGACUGUGGCUGAGUCCUCCAGCCCAUGUGUCUCGACACAACAGUCUGGUGGUCAGAGUAUACUAGGUCUGUCAUUCACCCAUGUGGCCACGCAGUUUCUCAUCCAAGCCUGUGCUGGAAGAUCCCUUCCGACUGCAACAGGCUCAUGCAACAAUAAAUGUUGACUUUAAUUGGCUUGGUUCCCCCUGGUAGUUGUUGUUCCUGUGUGGCCUGGCUUCUUAUUUACAGUGUCUCCCUCUACUCCAAAGAGAGGUGAAGCCAGAUGCCUCCAUUCCUCUGGCUUUUGACAGGAAUCCCAUGUUACUAUGUGAGGAGCACAAAUUUUGAGGGAUUUCAAAUCACUUUUUGAGUUGUAUUCUUUCUCUUCUUCUGAGUGCAAUAAAGUUAUUACACAUCCACAUUGUGACUCUCACCCCCUAAAUCUAGCCAA